CUUGGUAAUCAUUUUCAGAAUUCAAAUUUUCCCCCCAAAAACAAUCCCACUAAAGCAAAAUGGUUCAUGCCUUUACAUCUUCUAACUACAUUCAUUGUGUUUUGUAGUUCCAACACAUGCAACCAUCCAUUUCUUCCAAAUCCUCUGCCUAUUUAAUAGCCUUCAGUAACAACCAUUUUCACCCGCAUAUUACUCCUAACGUGAGAAAAGAAAUGGCUCAUAACGAUGUUCAUACUCUCCUCGCAUACACAUGCAUCGCGAUUUUUACAACUUACCACUUGGUUCAUGGGUAACAUUGGUCUUUGUAGGGUUAGUGAAGUUCAAAAUCAGUAUCAAGAACAGGCAUGACAUCAAAGUGAGAAUUCCUACGUUCAGUCCUCCUAUGAAGUUUUCCAUUGACAAAUCUAACCUGUCCACUUUUGCUCCAAGGCCUUUCACUCAUAAUGAGUUUAACUUUCAAGUGACCUAUGAGAAGACACUUACUUCUGCUGAAAUUGAGUCUGGAAUUCUGGUGUUAUUCCCCAUGGGUUUUUCUCAGCUGGUUUUGCACAAAAGGUCCACUUCGUUGAAGUUGGUGGACGAGUGCAGCAAUAUCUGGGAUUGCACAUUACAGUACGUUCGUGGGCGUGAUGCAAACUUUCAGCUUGGUGGUGGUUGGAAUUGCAUGGUGAAGGCUAGAAGGUUCAAAGAUGGUGUGCGUAUUAUUGUGGGUGCUCCUUAUGUUGGAAGGAAUGAGAAGCUUUUCUUUAGUGUUGUUAUGUAUUAAGAUGAUGAUAUGGAGGUCGCAUCAUGUCCCAUAUGAGACUUUUAUUGUUUUAUGUUUUUUAGUCAUUUCUGUUUCCGUCAGUUGCAAACUAACUAUUUUGCGUUGUAUGUUGAGAGCAAUUUUGGUGUUUCUGCAGAUGUCUCUCCCUUUAUGAAACUGCUUAAAUGUACUUGCUACCAAAUAAAUUGU